UUAGUUACCAAAACAUGUGAUUUCAGUGUUGUUUACAAAUGAAGACAAUGUUAUUGAGUGACAAUUAAAAGGCUAAUAAAAUGCUCAAAAGUCUUGUAACUAAUCUGCGGACCAAACCUGUCUGUCCACUGAUGUGCCAAUCGGUGAGGGGUCGCAAGUUUUGGCCCAUUCCUCCAAAUCUCAAUCGUAAUACCGUUACCACUCUCUCGCGGAUCUCAUACCAGACAUUAACCAUUUCGAUGAUCUUUUUCAUGUGCGUCUCCGCCGCAGACAUCGAGUUGCCUCCGGAGGCGGAGCGGCCGUUGGUGGCGAUGGAGCCGAUGCCGACCUGGCAUGGGGUGAGGCCUCGCAAGUAUCCGCGACAGAUGCACGACAUCCGCGGCCCAGAACUCGUCAACAAUCAGUUGCUUCACAAACAGUACGGCAUUAUUGCGCUGACCGGCAUUCAGUUGACCAUCAAUCACAUCAAUCUGAUCCGGACGUCCAUUAAUCAUCACCUGAAUGUCGCCAAAAUGUUUGCCGUCUGGCGGAUAGAGCCGCCGUGGAAGCCGGUCACCAAAAAGAGUCAGGGCAAACGGCACGGCGGCGGUAAGGCCUCCAUUCACCACUACGUGACGCCCAUACGCGCGGGUCAAGUGAUUGUGGAGAUCGGCGGUCGCGUGGAGUUCGACGACUGCUACUACUUCUUGGAGUCCAUCUCCAAACGGCUUCCCUGCGACGCCUUUCCCAUCAGCCAAGAGAUCCUCAACCACUGGGAGCGCGAGGAUCGGGAGCUCAAGGAGAAGAACAUCAACCCAUUCACGUUCGAGCGGGUCAUCCAACAUAAUAUGCAGGGCUGUCACCACUGGAUCAGUCCGUACGACAAGAUAUGGUACGCAAAGUAUUAGCCGUUUGUUUAGUCAAUACAGUUGUUAAUGAAAAUUAAAUGUCUUUUUAAUUGAAUAGUAAAUGUAAUACAAAUGAUAAUCAAAUAAUACAAACACACAAAUAUAAG